AUGAUCAAUGCCGCCAAGUUGAGUCUCCAAGGGGGCAGUGGAGUCGACGAGGCUAUCCAUGCCGCAGCUGGGCCAAAGCUUCACGACGAAUGUAGCCAGCUCGGAAACUGCGCCGUUGGAGAUGCAAAAAUAACGAAGGCGUAUGAUCUCCCCUGCGAGAGGGUGAUCCAUACUGUAGGGCCUAUCUACUCCGUUGACGAUGCAGAACAGGCAGCGGGACACCUCCGUAGUGCCUACCAGCAGUCCCUAGAACUCGCCGAUAGGAACGAAAUGUACAGCAUCUCCUUCCCGGCGAUCAGUACUGGUAUACACGGGUAUCCUAUUGAGGAAGCAGCUAAGGUCGCUCUAGAGGCAAUCCGCGACUACCUGGAGGGUGAUCGACCCAGAGAGACCCUUACCAGAGUCAUCAUUUGCAAUUUCUCGGAGCAAGCCAUGGAGAUAUACCAGCGAGCAAUUCCGAAAUACUUUCCCGAUGCAUAUCAAUCAUGA